UAAAGGUGAUCGCUUUGAAUCAAAAGCAUAGCUUUAUUGCGUUUGAGGUGAGAAGUUAAGCAUAUUAGCAAAUUUGCGUUUAAAGGUGAACAAAUUUGAACUCGAGCAUUUUCCCAAAGUUCGCUUGCGUUUAAAAGUGACCACAUUCAGCCUGGCAGCCAUGAGAAAUUAAGCAUAAUUAUGUUUCGUUCAAGUAUAAAAUAGGUUGAGAGAGGCUGCAGCUGACCGGCUAUCGGUCUCGCGGACAUGACUUCGUAUCUCAACCAUCCUGUGUUGAAUGAGAUGCUGGCGACCAAAUGCUGUUCAGAGACAUCAAUUGGCCGCAGUUUCAGACUCUACAUGUCUCUGUGUGAAGAUUACCGCGUCCAGUACGUAGAUUGGCGUGCUGACGAAGACCUCGGCAUCAUCUACAUCCUCACCAGCAACAAGAAGCCCAUCAAGCCCGUCUCACAUGUCCACAGGCAGGAUGAGGCUUCACUUGCCGAAAAUAUCGAGAAAAAAAUCCUUCCGAUAAGUCCCGUUCACGAGAGCGACUACGAGUUCGUGAAAGAAACAGGAGGCGAUGUAGGCGCUAAGUGUCCCAUUCUCGGCAACAAUGAUGAUGAAACAAAACUCGAACCAUGUACCUCUGACCAAAAAUAUGGUGCAGUAAGAGACAGGACAUUGUCCGAUUUACGUACUCAUGAAGAUUAUACCGAAAAACGUACAAAUGACGCAGAGGCUCUGAAUAAUUUAUUGCCUAGCGAAAAUAGUUUCGAAUUAACCGGAAUUCACUCGGUAUCAGCAGUUGCGUUCGGUCACAGGCCAACUGACGCAAUUGAUGAGACGUCUGCAAAACUUGAACCUAGACAGACUGAAGUGGCAUGCAGGAAUCUAAGCAUCUCGGAAGAUUCAGACACAAUAAAAUGCGUUCAAGAAGUGGCGGAUGAGAACGUCGAGGUCGUUUGUUUUCCAAUGGACGGUGCCUACCGCCUGUCGGCCAACACUAUGACAAAGUUCCAAGAAAUGGUGAACAAAUUUUACCCUCAUGCCAAGAUCAGCUUGGUGCCCAUAGAGCACUGGCUUGUGCUAGGGAACUAUGCAGCCAGCAACAUUGUCGACGACUCCUGCGAUUCUAUUCUACCACCCACCAAACGCAGGCGCAGGUUUAUUCCUAAAAGCGUUCUAAAAUCAAAUACCUCAACUGACCAAGCAUCAGGGUCUUCGAAUGUUGUAUGUUUUCCUGAAGCUUAUCAGACUGAAUCAAUGAAACAAUGUCAACACAAAACGGAUAAUUGUUCAACUGCUGGCAGUCUCGAUAGACCUGAGGCCGUAGAAUCUCAAGUGCCUGGAUUAGUAUGUUAUCCAGAGGCAUAUUUCCUGGCCCGAUGCAGUAGCUCCAAGGAAGCGCUCCAAGAGGGAGGAGAAAAUAUGGAUUGUACUGAAGAUCGUUCGCUUGAUCAGGCAGCAGACGUGAGAAAAAAUACAACGCCUCAAAUCGAUCAACUUGCUGCUGGCUGGAGUUCCAAUGCCACUGAGUCCUGGGAUUGAGGUUUAUGUAGAAUCUUUAAUAAUUUUAAAUCAAAUAAGUCGUAUCCUCGACUUUUUUACUCGGUGUUAACACUUCAGUAGAUCUGUUUAGUAUAAUUAUGAGGUGUAAACAUUGAUUACUAGUUUUUGUGUGACGUGAAGACUCACUAGGUCGUCAUAUUUUUUAAAAUAAAUGUAUUAAUCUUUGUUUGCUAUCAUGAUAGGGCAGCCAUGUCGAGAUAAAUUUAACUGACAAUUGAAGGAAAUAUAUUUUUGGAUUUUGCACCUCCGUUUACAUUUUUCAAUAAUUUGUCGAUUCCAUUACUAUUGCCGGAUUUUCCUACUAGUAUAUUAGAGGAAAUUAAAACUAAUCUCUUGAAAAAGUAAUAUAUUGGCGCACCUAUAUCACAUGUUGUUCGUGCGAGAUUCUAGCAUGGAUAGUUGCCUGUCAUGCUUUACCGGCCUGUGCCUUGAGGGGGAACUUAAUUGUCAUUUGGAAGCGCCUGCAACAAGAAAUACACAAAUAUGAGAU